AUGAACGACGAGCGUGGAGACAGUUUAAUUAACUCUUUUGAUUUCUCAGCUAUUGAAGAAAUGGAUCCAAGUCUCAGUGAAGGCCACCGCGUCGCAUAUGACCGUGAAGUUCCAUUUGAACUGAGAAUUCAAGACUCUGGAAGUGGCCCUCAAGAAGUAGGAACCUUAGAAGCCAUAAAAGUAAAAGUUCUCAUUCUAGGAGAUAAUGCUAAUCCUCAGCACGUGAAAAUCGAAUUAACUAGUGAAAACGACCUUUUCUUCCAUUAUAUUCACUCUUUAGAUGACGCUGCUUUUCAUCAGCUCCAAGAAACCCAGAAAUUGAUGAUAGAAUUUUCAGAACUGCCCACAAUUCUUAUCAGGAUGCUAAAUUCAUGCAUAAAGGAGCCUCACAACUUCUUAGCUGUCUUUAUUAUGCAUAGAGACGGAAGAGCAAGGCUUGAUUUCAUUCAAAAUAUGGAAUACAAGUUUAUUGAGCUGCUAUCGUUAGAUUUCAUGGCAAGCACCGAAGAAAUGGUUCGACAGCAGAUCACUUAUCGCUAUAAUGCAGUCAAAAGCAAGCUUGCAAUCAUGCAAGCAAGACUUCAAGAUAUUAAUUCAGUCAUUAAAGUCAAAAAUCCAUCAUUAUUACUUCAGCUGCAAAAACAGUCAAGAAAAUAA